CCACUUUUAAUGAAAGGUCCUGCUAUUCUUUGUCCUCACUUGGCAUUCUACAAAUGUACAAAUGUCUAAGGCUAUUGCCAAUUGAAACUCUGCAGAAGAAGAAGGUUAGAAGGUAAAGGGUUUUCAGAGACUGGGAAUUUGAGUUUUAGAGAGGACACAGUCCCAAGAAACACCUGGAGCAUCUGAUUCUACCAUCCAACACGACAAGGAGGACAAAGCAAUGGAUGGAGAACAUAUCACCGAACGACCCCGACCAGGCUUUGUCCUGGCAGACUACGUCGUCUUUGCUGCCAUGCUGCUCGUUUCCAUGGGAAUAGGGCUUUUCCAGGCCCUGAAGAAGAAACCGGGUGAUGCUAAGGUGGAUGACUUCUUCACCGGUGGCCGGAGUAUGCCAGCCGUACCCGUGGGAAUGUCACUGUGUGCCAGCUUUAUGUCAGCUGUCCAGGUCCUGGGAGUGCCAGCCGAAGCCUCCCUCUAUGGUUUUAAGUUCCUCUACAUGUGCCUCGGGCAAACCAUCAACUCCUGUCUGACUGCAUACCUGUUCCUGCCAGUAUUCUACCGUCUUGGUAUCACCAGCACCAAUGAGUACCUCAAGAUGAGAUUUGGCAGAGAGAUGCAGCUGCUUGGAAGUGUCCAGUUUAUAGUCUCAACACUGCUCUACACAGGAAUUGUGAUCUAUGCUCCAGCCUUAAUCCUGAGCCAAGCCACUGGGCUCAAUAUGUGGGCAUCCCUCUUCUCAACUGGGUUCAUUUGUACUCUUUACACCACAUUGGGGGGCAUGAAAGCAGUCAUCUGGACAGACGUGUUCCAGAUCCUGGUCAUGCUCUCGGGCUUCAUCGCCAUCUUCAUCCAGGGCACUGUUUUGGUUGGUGGGCCAGCAAUGGUUUUGGAGAUUGCCAACAAUGGAUCACGAAUUAACUUUAAUGAUUUUGACUUCGACCCAAGGAGGCGAUACACAUUCUGGAGCUUUACUGUUGGCGGUACGCUGUUGUGGCUGUCCAUGUAUGGUGUGAACCAGGCACAGGUACAACGCUACAUCUCCUGCAGAACUGAGCGACAGGCCCAGUGGGCGUUGUUUGUCAACCAAGUGGGCUUGUGUCUCGUUGUGGGCAGUGCAGCCACCUGCGGCAUUGUCAUGUUUGCCUUGUACUCCCACUGUGACCCUUUGAAGUCUGGAAAGAUUGCUGCUCCAGACCAGUAUAUGCCAUACUUGGUGCUGGACAUCUUUCAAGACCACCCUGGUUUUCCCGGUCUUUUUCUGGCUUGUGCAUACAGUGGCACCCUGAGUACCGCCUCCACCAGCAUCAACGCCAUGGCAGCUGUUACCAUGGAUGAUCUACUGAAACCAACUCUAGCCAACAUGUCACAGAAGAGGUUGAUUUUAAUUUCCAGAGGGCUGUCUUUCAUGUAUGGGGCUGGAUGUAUCACGGUGGCUGCUCUCUCAUCCUUCUUGGACUGGGGAGUUCUUCAAGGGUCCUUCACAGUCAUGGGAGUGGUCAGUGGCCCACUUCUUGGGGCUUUCAUCCUGGGGAUGUUUGUUCCCGCUAGUAACAGGCCGGGCGUGUUUAGUGGCGUGGCGGUGGGCUUCUCCAUCUCCUUGUGGCUGGUCAUUGGAUCAACCCUCCAUCCUCCCAGUCUGCAGACCAUGGGAGUCCUGCCCACCUAUACAGAUCAGUGUCCAUCAAGUAACAGCACAGUCAACAGCAGCCUGGGCAUGGACACACCCUCCGCCUCCACGCCGCUUCCCCUAUAUCAACAUGGACUGACGAGUCUGCAGAACUUUUAUUCCAUGUCCUACCUCUACUUUGGUGCUGUGGGGACAAUUUCAGUGGUGCUGGUUGGGGUAGCUGUGAGCUAUGCAACAGGACCUACCAAGAGAAAUACCAUUGACCCUGGCUUGCUCUGGUGGGACUUACAACAGAAAACCCUGGACAGUCAGAUGGGCAAUCCACAGAUAGUGCCUCUACACCACUUGCACAAUGAAGAUGUUGGUGAAAAAGAGGCCCUGAGCGCUACGCGGAAAACUACCUUAACUCAAUGUUCCCCAAUAAAGUAUAGAGAGCUUUGAGAGAAGAGAGGUGUACUCACACACACAGUACCAGUUAAAAGUUUGGACACAUACUCAUUUAAGGGUUUUUCUUUAUUUGACUAUUUUCUACAUUGUAUAAUAAUAGUGAAGAUAUCAAAACUAUGAAAUAACACACAUGGAAUCAUGUAGUAACCAAAAAGUGUUGAACAAAUCUAAAUAUAUUUUUAUAUUCUUCAAAGUUGCCUCCCUUUGCCUUGAUGACAGCUUUGCACACUCUAGGCAUUCUCAAAACCAGCUUCACCUGGAAUGCUUUUUCAACAGUCUUGAAGGAGUUUCCACAAAUGCUGAGCACUUGUUGUCUGCUUUUUCUUCACUCUAUGGUCCAACUCAUCCCAAACAAUCUCAAUUAGGUUGAGGCUGGGUUAUUGUGGAGGCCAGGUCAUCUGAAGCAGCACUCCAUCACUCUCCUUCUUGGUCAAAUAUUUCCACUGGUGUAAUGUCCAUUGUUUGUGUUUCUUGGCCCAAGCAAGUCUCUUCUUAUUAUUGGUGUACUUUAGUAGUGGUUUCUUUGCAGCAAUUCAACCAUGAAGGCCUGAUUCACGCAGUCACCUCUGAACAGUUGAUGUUGAAAUGUGUCUAUUACUUGGACUCUGUGAAGCAUUUAUUUGUGCUGCAAUCUCUGAGGCUGGUAACUCUAAUGAACUUAUCCUCUGCAGCAGAGAUAACUCUGGGUCUUCCUUUCCUGUGGCGGUCCUCGAGAGACAGUUUCAUCAUAGCGCUUGAUGGUUUUUGUCAUAGCACUUGAAGAAACUUUCAAAGUUCUUGACAUUUUCCAGAUUGACUGACCUUCAUGUAAUGAUGGACUGUCAUUUCUCUUUGCUUAUUUGAGCUGUUCUUGCCAUAAUAUGGACUUGGUCUUUUACCAAAUAGUGCAAUCUUCUGUAUACUACCCCUACCUUGUCACAACACAACUGAUUGGCUCAAACUCAUUAAGAAGGAAGGAAAUUCCACAAAUUAACUUUUAACAAGGCACUACCUCACGAAGCCACCCUUUACCUCAUGAAGCUGAUUGAGAGAAUACCAAGAGUGUACAAAGCUGUCAUCUUGGCAAAGGGUGGCUACUUCGAAGAAUCUUAAAUAUAAAAUAUAUUUUGGUUUUGUUUAACACUUUUUUGGAUACAUGAUUCCAUAUGUGUUAUUUCAUAGUUGGUCUUCACUAUUAUUCUAUAAUGUAGAAAAU